AGGAUGGUUUAACAAAGAUACAGGAAGCCAGUAAAAUGAGGAGGACAUCACAUGAAGUAAUAUUAUAAUAUUGUAAUAUUUCGGGUAUUUACCUCACUCCUGGCUGCUCUCCCCUCUGUGUGUGUCUGCAGCUCGGCUGGGGGAGAUAUGGCUUCUCUCUCCAAACAUGGAAAUCCCCCUCUGUAUGUGAAUAUAUAGCCGAACAGAAAGUGAAAGUAAACUCCAGUCUGUAUCGAACCGACACCCAUUUCUUGUAAUCCACGCGGAUACAAAGAAAGUCUAGGUCCCCCAUCCACCCCUCUCCCCACCUCCAGGCUCUAAUAACAAUUCUCCUCCGAGCUCCCACCGCCAGACACCGGGCAGACCCUGCAGACACUGACCAUAAGCACUGACAGUAAGUACUGGGUUCAUCUCCUCUCCCUCAUCUCCAUGGAUUCCUCCAUCUGUCUGCUAACAAUUGUCCUCUGAUGGUUCCCAGUAGUCUAUCUUAUUAUUAUUAUUAUUAUUAUUAUUAUUAUUAUUAUUAUUAUUAUUAAACACUGUCUGCCUGCUAACAAUUGUCCUCUGAUGGUUCCCAGUAGUCUAUCUUAUUAUUAUUAUUAUUAUUAUUAUUAUUAUUAUUAAUAAACACUGUCUGUCUGCUAACAAUUCUCCUCUGAUGGUUCCCAGUAGUCUAUCUUAUUAUUAUUAUUAUUAUUAUUAUUAUUAAACACUGUCUGUCUGCUAACAAUUGUCCUCUGAUGGUUCCCAGUAGUCUAUCUUAUUAUUAUUAUUAUUAUUAAACACUGUCUGUCUGCUAACAAUUGUCCUCUGAUGGUUCCCAGUAGUCUAUCUUAUUAUUAUUAUUAUUAUUAUUAUUAUUAUUAUUAUUAAACACUGUCUGUCUGCUAACAAUUGUCCUCUGAUGGUUCCCAGUAGUCUAUCCUAUUAUUAUUAUUAUUAUUAUUAAACACUGUCCGUCUGCUAACAAUUGUCCUCUGUUUCCCAUUAGUCUAUCUUAUUAUUAUUAUUAAUUAUUAUUAUUAUUAUUAUUAAGCAUUGUCUGUCUGCUAGGCCCCUGCCUUCACUUUACGGUUAAUAGUUUACAUUAACUGCUUUAUAUCACUUUUUUUUGUAACAGAACAGUUUGAUAAAUAAAUCCCACCUUGUCCUGUAAUGCGACCCUCCAUAUAAUCCUCUCUGCACCGUUUUAUCGUAUCCCAGUUUCUCUAUAUAUAAUCCUCCUUUUAUUGUGCUCUGGUCUAUGCAUAUCUCUAUGCAAUCCUAACCAUAUAUAUUUCCAUACCUCCCAAGCGUCCCUAUUAAGGAGGGACAGUCCCUAUUUUGGGCCCAAAUCUCGCUCUCCCUCUUUGUAUCUUAAUUUCCCUCUUUUCUAGCAGCUCCAUAUUGUUGAUGUGUCUGAGUGUAAAUAGAGCCCCACAGCAAUAAUACUCCCAAUAAUGUGUCUUUAAACUACAGUAAACAUGUUUAGAAAUCAGUGUGAGUAAAUAAGAUACAUUGCUCUUAUUCUAAAUUACAUUUUCGUUGCAUAAAUAGAUAUUAGUAAAUCACCCAAAAUUUCUCAGGACAGCCCGCCCCGGUUUACACCCCAACUCACAUCCCUAAAGUGAAAGUGUCCCCCUUUGCCCAUUUGAAAUGUUGGAAGAUAUGUUUUUAUCAUUCUCACUCUCUACUUCACCCCUUAUAAUCCUCAUUGUACCCUUUUAUCAUCUUAUCUGUAACUUCAUUAUUAGGUAAAUUAUUUUUUAAAAGCUAUUUUGCCAAACUAAAAUCUUAAUUUUUGUUUUCAAUAACCCCUUUACACCUGCACACACGACCUCCAAGUAUUGCAACUAUACCCCACAAUCGUGUAUAAACUGCAAGUUACCGGUAAAUUUGUUUAUUGCAAAUUAAUUUAGAUUAAUUAUAGUCAGUGAGCUCACAACACAGCUGCACAGUGAGCCGCGACACUGCAAACCUCUGAACAAUGAAUACAGAGACUAGCUCCCUGUAUCCAGCGCUGCAAGAACGCCCUUCAAUAUAACUACAGCUCCUUAUAUACACACAAUGCAAUCACAAUUUGUUUGCGCUAUAGGUGUUAAUGGGGACUUUAUGUUUGAGUUUUGCCUAAGGCCUCAAAAAGUCUGGAGCCACCACUGCCCCCCACACUGCGUUUUCUCCAUUUAAUACUCACUGUGUCCUUUUAUCAUUUCUCACACUGUCCUUCUACGUGCAAUCCUCACUGUACUAUUUUAUUGUCUCUCACUGUGGCUUAUCUUCCCAGAAUAUGUACUGCCUUAAAGUGGCACUCUAAGCACCAUAACCACUACAGUCUGCUGUAGUGGUUGCAGUGCCAGGAGUCCCCUUGUCCUGUAAGUAGUACCGUUAGCGGUAAGUAGUCAAAACAUUUUUGAUAGUUAGUGUAAGGUGUCAAUAGUCUACAUAAAGUGUCCAUGGUUUGAUAAUUACUUUUGGUAUUGUCAUCUUACUCACUUAUUGUCAUCUUAGCCAAUAAAUGCUGUGAAAAGUUGAGCAAAAUUGAUAUUUGUAAAGUGGAAUGAGAACUUCAAUUUUUACAUUAAGGAGAAGACCAGAAGUAUAACGGGCACCUUGUGGGUGCAGGUACAUGUCACACCGUUUGACUGUGAAAGUUAAUUGAAUUACUUUCUGUGGGAUUGCUUUGAAAGACAUCUUGCUAUGUGUUAUAUAUUCAGUUUUAUAAUUCAAUUCUCUUUUAUGUCUCCAGGUUUUCGCACCAAGAUAUCUCUUCUGAAGCCUUCAGGAUGACUUUUUUAUGGUUCUAUUUCACAGUCCUCAUACUGGACUCCUCUCUCACGUAUAUCUCCUCUAGCAUAGUCUAUACACAUUUCCCCUAUGAUCUUCAGCCAGCUUUAUGGAUAGUGUGUCUCAUUAAAUUCUUUGUUCUGGGCAUAGUGUCCUGUAAGCUCUAUCGCCCAGCCUGGGUCUCCUCUUCUCUGCUGUAUAUACUUACUAUGUGCCUUACCCCACCGCUAUAUCAGACAUUGAGACUCCAUCUAACCUCACACUCCCCUGAGUUAUAUUCCAUCCUCUCCCACUCCAUAGUCUCCCAUCUCACCCUGCUCACCGCCUGCCUACUUUGGGAUCUGGUGUCACCACACAUUCUCCCAAAAGAGUCUUCUGAAGAAGAAAAGACUGGACAGAAGAAGAACAGGGAGAAUUUCAUACGACUUGUGACGUAUUCCAAAGCAGACUGGCUGUUCCUUAGUGGAGCAUUUGUGUUCCUUUCUCUAGCUCUUAUCUGUGAGUUUCUAUUUCUCCUUGUGUUUCGAUAGUGGCACAAAGGGUUAAAAUUGUGUAAGCAGAAAUCGAGUGAUUUAACAUGAGAAGCUGCAGGAAGUGGGGCUUCAGGGAGAAUCAUAAUUAGUAUGGUGUUUUAGUUAGUGGGGAAGCUUAAAGAAGGAGCUUUAGGGCAAAAUAACAAUGGAUGGUAGAAAUAGAGCAAUGACAGUGGGAGGUUUAAUGUCGUCAUAGGAAUUCUAGUUAUUUGCAGUGUUUGCAGUGUUAACAAUGAUAUUACAAAACAUCCAAACAUGUAAUAGUAUAUAGAAGAAGACCGUAGCUAUAUGAAGGAAUACCAUGGCUUAUAUUGAACAAAUGAAAGAUCUUUAAAUAGAGGAUACGACAGGGAACAUUUAGAGGAGAAACAGAUCUGUUUGUAAUAGCCAGGAUUUACAGAAGAUUAAAAGGUUGCUCCAAUCAUAAAACAGUGUAUUUUAUAAACUGCUGGUUUUGGUUGAAGCAACCAUUUGUUCAUUGGUUCCUCCUUUCCCCCACAAAGCAUCCCCCAAGAAUAUAAGAAAAGUUUAAACGUACCUUUUUACAAACGCCAAGGCCAAGUUCUCCUUCUGCCCGCUUCUCAUCUGUUGAUGUUACUCCCCAUCGCUAGAAGAUGAGGGAAGGUGGCCUGAGGAAAGGACAUGGGUGGCAUGGAGGAGGGGCGUGCCCCCAUUGGGUGCCUGGUGCCAACAUGCUCUGUCUGGUGACAGUUUUGCACUGAAUUAAUAUUGGCCAAUACUGAAUUCUAACAACACCCCUAUAAUACUGACAUUGGUGAAGUUACAUCUCCAGCAGCUGGCGGGGUUAAUCUCUGUAUGUGCAGUGCUUCAUAGCAAAACACUGCACAUACUGACCCCAGACACCAUGACCACUACAAAUCACUGGAGUGGUCAUGGUGCUUGGAGUAACCCUUUAAGUGGCAGUCAUGAUUUCUUAUAUCAUCAAAUGUUAAAAUCGUUUUCUUUUUUCCCCCCUACAGGUGAGAUGUUUAUUCCAUUCUACAUGGGUCGCGUGAUUGAUAUCUUGUCCUCUAAAUACAAGGAAACAGAAUUCUUGGUGGCUAUAUUUUACAUGUCCUUUUUUUCUAUUUCAAGGUAAUAAGCAAAUACCAGAAGAGAAUGUAUUGAGGUGUAGCUUUAUACAUCUAAAUACGAGGCUGAACACUUGGUGUUUGACAUAUACACUUAUUCACUUAACUCUGAAAUGUGGUCAAUUAUAAUCCGAAUGGCAAACUUGAGGCUAAAACAGAAUAUGUGGGAAAUUCAGCAAAAUUUACAGCUUGAUUGUUUUAGUGUAAAUUUUGCCAUUUUGACUUUAAAGGACCACUAUAGUGCCAGGAAAACAUACUCGUUUUCCUGGCACUAUAGUGCCCUGAGGGUGCCCCCACCCUCAGGGACCCCCUCCAACCCGGCUCUGGAAGGGGGAAAAGGGGUUAAAACUUACCUUUUUCCAGCGCUGGGCGGAGAGCUCUCCUUCUCCGAUCCUCCUCUUCUCCUCCCAUUCGGCUGAAUGCGCACGCGCGGCAAAAGCUGCGCACGCGCGGCAAAAGCUGCGCACGCGCGGCAAAAGCUGCGCACGCAUUCAGCCGGUCACAUAUGAAAGCAUUCAUAAUGCUUUCCUAUGGACGCUGGCGUGCUCUCACUGUGAAAAUCACAGUGAGAAGCACGCAAGCGCCUCUAGUGGCUGUCAAUGAGACAGCCACUAGAGGAAAUAGGGAAGGCUUAACCCAUUCAUAAACAUAGCAGUUUCUCUGAAACUGCUAUGUUUAUGAAAAAAUGGGUUAACCCUAGCUGGACCUGGCACCCAGACCACUUCAUUAAGCUGAAGUGGUCUGGGUGCCUAGAGUGGUCCUUUAAUCAACUACAACUGAGAAUUUAGAGAAUAACUUUGCCAGGAAUGUAUUUAACAGUAAACUGUGGUGAAUUGAAUAUGAAAUUGUGAAUUAUAGGUCCAAAUUGAAUAUGAAAUUGUGAAUUAUAGGUCCAAAUGGCUGACAGAAAAAAACAAAAAAAAUUCCAUUUUAGCUCUUUUUCUAGUUUGGCUAUUUCAGUCGAAUCUUGUACAUUCCAUUGUUAAUUCAUUAAAUCACUAAAUCAAAUAUUUACAUUUAUCAAUUUAUAACACUACGGAAACUGUCACUUGUUUGUGUGGGUAACAAAUAUCAAGGGCCUAAAAUUUAUGCUACUAGCCAUUCCUUAAAGGACCACUCUAGGCACCCAGACCACUUCAGCUUAAUGAAGUGGUCUGGGUGCCAGGUCCAGCUAGGGUUAACCCAUUUUUUCAUAAACAUAGCAGUUUCAGAGAAACUGCUAUGUUUAUGAAGGUUAAGCCUAUUUCCUCUAGUGGCUGUCUCAUUGACAGCCACUAGAGGCGCUUGCGUGCUUCUCACUGUGAUUUUCACAGUGAGAGCACGCCAGCGUCCAUAGGAAAGCAUUAUGAAUGCUUUCCUAUGUGACCGGCUGAAUGCGCGCGCAGGUCUUGCCGCGUGUGCGCAUUCAGCCGAAGGGGAGGAGAAGAGGAGGAUCGGAGGAGGAGAGCUCUCCGCCCAGCGCUGGAAAAAGGUACGUUUUUACCCCUUUCCAGAGCCGGGCGGGAGGGGGACCCUGAAGGUGGGGGCACCCUCAGGGCACUAUAGUGCCAGGAAAACGAGUAUGUUUUCCUGGCACUAUAGUGGUCCUUUAACAGUUACUCACCACAGCGAGUGUAGAAUAUCCAUCGCACACUAACCAGACGCAAAUAAUUACUCACUAGGGCUACAGACUCACUUUCCCAAUGGCUAGUGGAAAACUAGAGUAUUUAAUAUAAAAUGCCUUGCUGAAAGUAACACUAUACAGGAAUACAAACAGAUAUUGCUAACACUAGCGUUAUUUUACAUCUUUUUUUUAAUUUAGUAACUGUUUAUUUGUCAUUGAAGCACUUAGAAUGGCUGUCAGGAAGUCAGCCACUAGAGGGAUGUUAACCCUGCAAUAAAAAAAAUGCUGUUCCUACAGCACAGCGCUGUUUUCAGUUGCAGGCCUACAAGUACAGGAACAUGGCACCUAGACCACUUCAUUGAGAUAAAGUGGUUUGGCAGCCUAUAGAAUCUCUCUAAGUCCCCUUCAAGUUAUAACUGUUCAAUGUUUAUUUGUUCCAUUAGGGCUUGUGCCUUCAUAACUACUUGAUGCAUUAAAAAAAAUAAACUAAUGUAUUUGGCAGCUUUGGAAGAGUUUAUAAUUAACAGAUGCACACUCCACAGUUCUGUAUCUGCAGGUUGCCGCGGUGGCCUCUUCAUAUUUUCCCUAUAUCGGUUGACUCGGCGCCUACGGAUUCUUCUGUUCCGUGCUGUCAUCAAACAGGACAUAGCUUUCUUUGAAACUACAAAAACAGGUGAGAAAUUGGUAAUUCACAUGUUACAAAUAUAGGGAUGGAUUCUUUUAGCAGAGGACGGGUUUAUUCUGCUUAUUGAAUACCCCUGGGGGAAGGAAAGGUGGGUGGACAUGCCACUAUUGGAGGGCAAGGGGGGUGGGGGUGAACUAUAACAUGUCCACUCCCCAUUUGUUUAAUUAACUAGAGCCCCCUUCUGCUGUCAAUGGGUGGGGGAAAGUAAUUUGGUUAGGAACCUCACCUGCCGCUAUUGGGGGGCAAUGAGACUUCAUCCUAAAUAUUAUAAUAGCCCACAACGACUGACCCUGGGUUCUGUCCAUUCACCAUUUCUUAUUUAAAAGUCUCCUGCCCAAUGCCCAUGGGUGGGGGCCCUGGGGGAAUUAUGCCCCCCACCUGCUAUUUCACAUGGGGCCUGGCUAGAAAUUGUACAGCAAUGGCCAGCAUUGUUAGUUUAACAAGUUAGUAAACUUGUCCAAGGGGCAUAGGGAGUUUUUAAACCUCUGUUAUAGUAACGUUUUUAACAGCACUAGCAGCAAGCGGGCAGAUAGUUUGGAUUUUUUCUAAAUCCAGGCCCUAAUUUAAAUUUAAAUGGCCCUAGAUCUGCAGCAUUCAGCCCAGUUCUCAGCUGUCCAGCGAAAUCCACACCAAAUUUUAGAUCUGAUCAGGACCUGAAUUGCAAAAUCUAGACAGUGUUAACCCCUUAAGGACACAAUUUCUGGAAUAAAAGGGAAUCAUGACGGAAUAUUUCCAUCAUGUGUCCUUAAGGGGUUAAAUAGUGUGAAUGUCCAGAUUUUCAGUCCAAAUGGGCUCACACUGCACCGGAUGGUUUAAGGUGCACUUUAGAAUCCUGAUAAUGUUUGAACUCAGGUUUCUAUAAUCAAACUAUAAAUCAACCUUCCCAUAUUUCUAUACAUGGCAAUAGUCUCAUGAUGCAAAACAAGGACGAAUUGCCUAAUAAAAAGGUAUAUUGUUAUGGCUGUGACAUCCUGUUGGACUAUGGGCUACCUCAUGGAUAACAGACUCAGCAGAAAUCAUUGCAUAAAGCAGAGUGUACAUAGACUCUUGUACAGUGUGUUAUAGCAGCUUGCUCUGUCUGAAACAUAGAUGAGAAUUGUGUAUUUAGGGUAAAUCAUACAGGAUUAUUGACUAAAGUGAGAAUUAAAAGAAUUUAAGGCCAAAGUAGCCCAAGCGACAGCAUAACUGACUCUUUUCCUGUAAUGCUAUUUUGACGUUAAAUUUAAGUUCUCAAUUUCCACCAACUCAUAUGAAAAUCAGAUUUUGAUAAUUGUCUGUAUGUAGUUUCAUUACUCAGAGUCACAGCUGUUUAAAUCCCAGGAUGAGUGAGCAAUCCUAGCACAAAAUUACAUUGUCACCAAGACUGCAUUCUAUAUGUGAUCCUACCUGGUGAUGAGGCUGUGCUCAAUGGCUUAGUCCAACACUUGUAUCCUAUGGUUACUGUCUGAAUUUGGAUGGAUUUGCCCUCAGAUUGGUGAUGGGUGCCAGGAGGCCCUUGGUUUUUAGUAUUUAUUUCAAAAAAACUUUUUCACAAGAAACUUUGUCCUCCCAAAUGUCACAGUUUUGUUUUGUGUUGUUGAAAAUUCAAGCCAUGCAUUCUGUCUGCAAUGUUUUUUUGGUUUUUUUUUUAUGUGCAUUAUGUUGUUUGUGUAGAAAUCAUUAGGCGUUCCGCCUUCAUAUUUCAUUUCAUGUUAUAAAACAAAAUGUUAUAGUGAUAUAUGAUGAUAUAUACAGUGUAAAUAAUUCUGUCAUUUACAUGUUUUUGUUGGUGACCGAGUCACUUUACGUCAUGAAUAAUCACACAAAAAACUGUGGUAAACAGGCAUAUCUUUAUAAAUGAGAAAAUGAAGGCACUCUAAGAGCUUGCUCAUUCUGUAUCCUGUACAAUAUAAUUUUAUUUUAUGCAGCAUGUGGUUGGUCAACGUACAAUGUAAUCAUUCUUUACUAUCCACUUUGUAGGUGACAUCACAUCUCGCUUGUCCAACGACACAGCCCGUGUGAGUCGCGCCAUUGCUGGCAAUGUAAACAUCACUUUGCGUUCGCUUGUGAAAUGCAUCGGGGUCUAUUCCUUCAUGAUCUCCAUCUCCUGGCAGCUUACCCUCCUUACCUUUCUAAGCUCGCCGUUCACCUGGAUCAUACAGAAACUGUACAAUCACUACCACGAGGUAUGGCUGAUAAAGUAAUUAAGUACUCAGGAUGAUGGCCAGGGAUUAUCAAAAUGAACUAUGCACCCAUAAUGAGGGCUGUCAGAUCGCCACCUAUAGAAAAUACAUGUAUGACAGCUUCCAUUUGACCAACACCUGAAGUAUGCAAGUUAAUAUAUUUUCCGAAUUUAAAAUGUGAUUGUUCAAGCCUGUCUAUAAUCAGUGAUAGCAAUAGGCUGGGUAGGAUGUGCUAAUUGUGUAGUGAAAAGUAUUUGGAACUAGUGAUGUCCCGAAUGGUUCGCCGAACGCUUCGCCGCGGGCGGCGAACAUAAACAUAAACUUUGACCCUGUACCUCACAGACAGCAGACACAUUCCAGCCAAUCAGCAGCAGACCCUCCCUCCCAGACCUUCCCACUUCCUGGACAGCUCACUAAGAAUGCAGCUUCACAAUGAAUGUAAAAUGAAUGCUGUCCAGGAGGUGGGAGGGUCUGGGAGGGAGGGUCUGCUGCUGAUUGGCUGGAAUGUGUCUGCUGACUGUGAGGUACAGGUUCAAAGUUUAUGUUUAUGUUUGCCGUCCGCGGCGAACCGUUCGGGACAUCACUACUUGGAACCAGUACUUUUGGGUAUGUUUAGAUUAGGUUAAGGCAAUGCAGGGGAGUUUAUUGAGUUACUCCAAUGGACAUUAGAGGGAUGUCCACCUGCCACGUCAAGGCAAACUUCUUAGGUGGGUCCUACACUGACUAUUCACCUUGCUUCCUUCUAGCAAAUAUAUCUCUAAUGAGACAGAGUGGGAUAUUUUUCUUUUUUGGAGUAACUAAAUAACCUCCAUUUCUUUGAAUAUGCACAGGGAUUUGGGAAUAGUGCAGAUAACUUGUUUCUUUGGUUUUUACUGAAUGCAGGGGAGUUGUUGGAAAACAGUAUUUCUGACAGAGUGUAAAAGUUUGCCUGUGAAAGAAAGAAGGAUAAAAGUACUGAACUCAAGGAUUAUGUGUGCAAAUUUAAAGGGUUAACUAACAUGACCCUGCCUACUUUUAGAAAUGGUUGUGGUGGUAGGAAUCUAUAUGUGCAAUGUUUCCUGUACAAACGAUCAUAUUCAGAGGUAUUCACUCUUUAAUUGUAUGCACUUUAUUAUUAUUUGCACAUAUGAUAUGUCUUUGAGCUUUAAUAUUUUAAUAUACCAUUAUGUAUGGGCGUUAUGGUAUCAGUAAUAUCAUGUGACAUAUUUUGUUGUAUCAUGUGAUUUGGUUGUUUGUUUAGUAACUCCAUCCCCUUUUCCUGUUUUAAGCCAAUUUAUGAAUUCACUGUGCGUUAUGCAUUGGUUUGACAAAGACUGUGGUUAGUGGCCAAAAUAUUGCUUUGUACACAUAAGACAUUUUAAUAAAAGGACACUGGUAAGAACAUGCAAGCAAGCUGUGAAAAAUACUGCCCCCUAGUGAAUGACAAUAGAUUGGCACUGGGCUCUUUAAAAUGAAUGUGUAAAGACCUAUGUUUUAAGCCUAUAGAUUAUUGGUGUCAUUACUGAUGAUCUCAGCUUUCAUUGCAUCUCCAUAGCGAAUCAUUGGGGGGACAGGGGGCUACUGUGCAUGUGUGGCAAUCACCACUCCGCAUCUCCUAAUGGAGCUGUGUUAUAGCACUGCAUCUCUACGGUGAGCAUUCGCUGUCUUCACAAGUCAGCGUUUACAUUUGUCAUACUGCAAGGACAGUCUAUUUACACCAUAACCACUAUAUUAAGCUGCAGCGGUUCUGGUGCUUUAAGAUGUAAGACAGGGAUUGUUUUGUUUAUCACUGGAGAGUAUGUGCGGUAAGGUUAUUCAGAAACAGGAUGUAAAAGUUGUUGUUUUUUCUCUGAUGUGUCAGGAUCUGGUGCAGAAGGUGCAAGAUUCUGUUGCCCGAUCCAGUGAUAUUGCCAAAGAGAUCCUGGAGUCGGUGAGAACAGUGCACAGUUUUAAUGCAGCCGGCGAUGAGGCCAAGAGAUACGAAGAUUCCCUACAAGAGAUCCAUAAAUUGCAGAGCUACAGGGAUAUGGUCCAAGCUGUCUAUCUACUGCUGAUAAGGGUAAUCGUCAUUCAAUCUUCUUUAAGACUGCUACAGUGACAGCUACUAAUGCAGCUACAAGUCGAGGAAUAGAAAUUAUAGUGAUACCAUCUGGCACUUUCGAUGAUCUAAAACAGGCAUAGGCAACCUUCAGCACUCAAGAUGUUUUGGACUACACCUCUCAUGAUGCUUUGCCAACAUUAUGAGUGUAACGGCAUUAUGGGGGAUGCAGUCCACAACAUCUGGAGUGCCAAAGGUUGCCUAUUACUGAUCUAAAGGGAGCAAAUGGUGUAGAAUAAAAAAAUGAAUGGAUCGGGAGGGAAUGCCAUGUACAUAAGAUUGAUCUUAGAACAGACAUUGUAAACUACUUUCUUAUGAGAGAAGUGUGACUAUAAUGGGUAAGCAAUGCUUGUUGUGUGGCUGACUUGUCCAGUCCUGGUUUCUGGUCACCCCGGGAGGAACAGCAGUUGACAAUAUAUGGCAGAGCUGUAGGCCAAUGUCCAAUGAUACACUAACAGCUAAAAUAUUUUCCUUAUCAUGAGUUGAAAUGAUUUUAACUAAAUAUAAGGACAUUUACACCAGAAAGAGGCUGUAUAAUGUCCAUGCAUUUAUGAUUCCACUUCAAGGGCAACAUGUGCAGAUUUGCCUACAAACCCCUACGGUCUUACGUGUCUUAUCUGUCAGUAUAUUCAAUUGUUUGUAGAUAUUUCUGUGUAAUAAUUUCAGACUAUGUCUUUAUCUAAGGGGAUUGCUAAUGUUGGGUUGUUGAUAGGAGACAUGUUAUAUGGUAGUACAUAUUUUUGUUAUAAGGUGGUAAAUGUUUUAUUUACCAAUAGUAAAUAUAAUAUAAAUAUAUUGGUUAUCCUCAGACAACUAACCUCCUUACUCAAGUGGCCAUGUUAUUUUAUGGACAAAUCUUAAUCGAACAAGGUUUCAUAAGCAGUGGACAAAUGGUGUCAUUUAUCCUGUAUCAGAUGGAGUCUGGAGACCACAUACGUGUAAGUAAUUCAGGUAUUCGCUAUUUCUCUCUUUCUUAUUCUGCUGUUAAUUUCCUUAUUUCCUCUCUUUCUACUGACUCCGGUUUUACGGUAUAAAACGGUUCCCCGUUAGUGUUUGUCAUUUUGUAUCUACCAUCUUUAUGGCAGGUUUUCUGAGUAUUCUUCCCUUCCUUUCUCAGACCAUAGUCUACAUGCUCAGUGAGAUGACUCAUUCAGCAGGAGCUGCUCAGAAGGUUUUCCAGUACCUCGAUCGGGAACCACUAGUGUCCACCUCUGGGUCCCACAGCCCUGACAAACUUCGUGGAUGUUUUGAGUUCAGAAAUGUCACUUUUACAUAUCCCUCCCGCCAAGAAAUUCCUGCUCUUCAGGUAAAUCGAGAAUUGUUUUUCUAUUUUCUCUCUGACAUUCUCAGUUUCCUAACAAACACCAUUUGUGAAAUGGAAUAUUGACUGAUCUGCUGAUACCAAUGAGAACUGCUUACUACUUCCAGUACCAUUAACUGAGGAAAUUAUAGACUGUUUAGUGGAAUAGUACUUUAUCAAAUUUAUCUAAUUAGGUGUGCAAAUCCAAGCUUCACACACUAUCAUUCUUUAGUUCAUUUCCUAAAACAAAAACAUUAAAAAUAUUCACUCUUGCAGUUCUGUAGCAUUUGCCACAAAUCUCCUGCAGUGAGAUCUCAACAAAGCGUAUGUGGCCUGGCCAGUUGUGGUGACCAUCCACAACAUUAAAACCACUGACAGGUAAAGUAAAUAAUAUUGAUUAUAUCGUUACAAUGGCUCCUGUCAAGGGGUGGGGUAUAUUAGGCAGCAAAUGAUCAGUCAGUUCUUGAAUUUUAUGGAAACGUAGGAAAUUUUUCAUAGAAAAAUAGGCAAGCAAAAAGAUCUGAGUGAAUUUGACAAGGGCAAUGUAGUGAUGAUUAGACAACUCUGUCAGAGAAUCUUUAAAAAUGCAAGUCUUGUGGAGUGUUGGUACAAUGUGGUACAAGGAAGGACAGCCGGUGAACCAGCGUCAGGGUCAUGGGUGCCCAAGGCUCGGUGAUGUAUGUGGGAAGCAAAGUCUAGCUUGUCUGGCCCAAUCACACAGAAGAGCUACUGCUCAAAUUGCUGAAAAAUUGAAUUCUGGCCAUGAUAGAAAGGUGUCAGUACACACAGUGCAUCUCAAUAUGCAGCGUGUAGGGCUGCGGAACCGUCAAACAGUCAGGGUGUCCUUGAUGUGCCCUUUUACUGCAGAAAGCGCCUUCAAUGGAAAUGUGAGCAUCACAACUGGACCUUGAUGCAAUCUAAGAAGGCUGCCUGGUCUGAUUAAUCAUGUUUUCUUUUAGAUCAGGUGGAUUGCCAAGUGUUGUUUACCUGUGGAAGAGAUGGCAGGAGAAUGCACUAAGGGAAGAAGGCAUGCUGUCAGAAGCAGUGUUGUACUUUGGGCAAUGUUCUGCUUGGAAGACUUGGGUUCUGGCAUUCAUGUGAAUGUUACUUUGACAUGUAUUACCUACCUAGAGAUCAUUGCAGACCACGUACACGCUUUCAUGGCAAUGGUGUUCCCUGAUGGCAGUGGAUGCCUACAUUAUAUUAGGCAGGUGGUUUUAAUGUUAUGGCUGAUCAAUACAUGUUCCAGUGAGAGUGUUACAUGUAUCCUGUAUCAGGCAUUAAUGGAAAUAGCCAUGAUUAAUGAGUUCAGUUUUUAAAUGAAGACUGUGCAGCCCACAAUUAGUUUCAUUCAUUAAAAUUAGCUCUUACUACGAGAUAUCGGGAGCAGCUCAUGUGAACAGAGCUCUUCUGACCUCAUUUUGGCCUCAAUUUAAUAUUUUUAGAUAAGCUUUUAAAAUGAUUUAGUGUUUAAAAAAAUAUUGUACUGUAAUAUUUUGAAAGAUGUGUAUAUGAUACAUUUUUUAAUAUUUUACAUUUAAAAAAAAAUCAUUUAAAACAUUUAUUCAAAAAUGUUAAAUAAUUUAAAAAGCUAAUCCCAAAAUAUUAAAUCAGGGCCUGCUUGUCAGUUACUUGCUGUUAAACCCCCAUUGUAUCUUGCCGUUACAUCUCCAUUGUAAAAUUCUAAAUCUUUUAGAAUACGCCGGUACAAUUAACAAUAAUAACGGAACGAUUCCAGAGUGUUAUGGCUGGCUGCCGUUGGUUCUUAAUGCGCAAUUUGCCAAGAGAGUAUUGGAAUGCGUUCUACUAACAAACAGUUAAUCAUCAAUCACUGCAAAUGCCACUAGUGUUACAAACAAUGUAUAAGAUUAGGAAAUAAACCUACAGUGAAAUUCAACCCUUUAAAUCACUGUAAUACACAUAAUUGACAGCAAUGACUUUUCACAUUGUCCUAAACACUCUUAGAUGGAACUUAAUGUUGUAAAGGCAGCUUAUCAAGUUUCAGAACAAAACAGAAGAAGCUUUGUGUUUCCAUGCAUAACGACUAAGAAAAACUCUUGUGAUGUUUAUGGUAAUGUGAACAUGUAGCAAUAGGAGUUUAUGGUUGCUUUGUUUCAAACCGUAUUAAAAUAAUGUCUCUUUAUCUCAUACAUGGUAUCACGUAUCUCUAGUAUAGAUCAAUCUGGGAAUAAUUUAACCUACCAGUUAUUUCAUUGCAGGCAGCUGUAUUGGGCGUAAUUGGACAGUUCUCUUUUUUGUGGGGGGGAUUAGGGGGUUUAAACGAUCUUUAUUAUGAUAAAUAGCUGUAUACAGGAACUUCCACACAAAUAUGCAGUUAGAGACAUCUCUGACAUGAUUCUAAUGAAUCAGUAUAUGCAGAAAGAAUAGUGAGUGGGGGUCAGACAGCCUCUGAGUAAAAAGGUCCCCCAGCCUUUAAAAUUGCAGAAAACAAGAAAAGGAAACCAGGGCGCCACAAUUAAUCACAGUAGUAACUAAUCAGUAUUGCUGGCACGAUAGUAACUAAUCAGUAUUGCUGGCACAGUAGUAACUAAUCAGUAUUGCUGGCAGGGUAGUAACUAAUCAGUAUUGCUGGCACGAUAGUAACUAAUCAGUAUUGCUGGCAGGGUAGUAACUAAUCAGUAUUGCUGGCACGGUAGUAACUAAUCAGUAUUGCUGGCACAGUAGUAACUAAUCAGUAUUGCUGGCAGGGUAGUAAAUCAGUAUUGCUGGCACAGUAGUAACUAAUCAGUAUUGCUGGCAGGGUAGUAACUAAUCAGUAUUGCUGGCACAGUAGUAACUAAUCAGUAUUGCUGGCACGGUAGUAACUAAUCAAUAUUGCUGGCAGGGUAGUAACUAAUCAGUAUUGCUGGCACAGUAGUAACUAAUCAGUAUUGCUGGCAGGGUAGUAACUAAUCAGUAUUGCUGGCACAGUAGUAACUAAUCAGUUUUGCUGGCACGAUAGUAGCUAAUCAGUAUUGCUGGCACGAUAGUAACUAAUCAGUAUUGCUGGCAGGGUAUUUAGCAGGGUAACAAUGGGAAGGUAUGAAACAUUGUAUGGACAAAGAACUGCCAUAAACUGUAUAUAUCUGCUAUUAUUUCUCAAUGUCUCUCCGUGUCACAGGACAUCUCCUUUACGCUUCCUCCUGGCAGCAUUACGGCUCUGGUUGGUCCCUCUGGAGGUGGUAAGACCACCUGUGUGUCCCUGCUGGAGAGAUUCUAUGAUCCCAGUACGGGGGAAAUCCUGCUGGAUGGAAAACCACUUCAUCAGUAUAAACAUCAGUAUCUGCAUGCUAAGGUACUCUCACACACUGCCAGUUGUUUACAGAGUGAUACAAUGCAGCAUUCCUGCUGUACAAUGGUUACAAUAAGUGAUCCUCUGCAUUAUAUGAGUAAAUAAAUAAAAACCAGCAUGAGUCUAUGAGUAAGGUGAAAUGCACGAGGCUAUAGCUGACCUUCUGUUACUGUAUAUGCCUUAUGGAUCAUUAACAUGUUUAUAGAACAGAGUGUAGCAAAGGUUGGUUGCAGGAACCGCACUCACUCCCAACGGCCACGGGUGCUCUGGAACAGGACCAUCAAUCCCAACAAGAUAAGUCAUUAAGAAAAAUUAACAGGCACUCCAAAUGUGAAAGACGCAGGAAGAGUUAUUGCAACAAAAUGCACAGCAACGUUUCGACCUAACAAGAGGUCUUUGUCUAAAACCUGUAACGAGAGCUUGACAAAGACCUCUUGUUAGGUCGAAACGUUGCUGUGCAUUUUGUUGCAAUAAAUCUACCUGCGGCUUUCACAUUUGGAGUGCCUGUGAAUUUUUCUUAUUGCCUUAUAGAACAGAGUGUGACUUUCUCCAGGGUGGCCCCAUUACCAGCAGCUGGUCUGUGAGCUUUAGGGGAAUUGACUGAUAAAAGAAAUGUCUGAUAUGGCUCUGCUUUUGUUUAACGCAUGGGUCCUCAAACUCCGGACCCCCAGAUGUUGCUGAACUACAACUCCCAUGAUUCUCUGGCUAUGUAAUUCAAAGAAUCAUGGGAGUUGUAGUUCUGCGACAUCUGGGGGGCGGUUUGAGGACCCAUGGUUUAAAGAUUGAUAAAUGUAGAACAUUGUAAUUUGAUACCAAAGAUUUAUAGAUUCUGUUUAGUUAUCUCUGAAUACUGUCUCAUUAUUUUUCUCCUUACUGAAUAGUUUCUGUCUGUUCUAGGAAACACAGUCACUGUCAUUAUUACUGUUGUAUCAUAUUUGCAAACCCUGUAAUCAUGAUUUCUAGAACUGCUCCUUGUAGUGUAAUUUCUGAUCCCUGCCUGUAGGUGGCUCUGGUGGCCCAGGAGCCGGUAUUGUUUUCCGGAUCAGUGAAAGAGAAUAUUGGUUAUGGCCUAAAAGACGCUUCUAUGAAUGAACUGCAGAGAGCAGCAAGGAGAGCGAAUGCAGAGACGUUUAUCUUGGGGAUGGAGAAAGGCUACGAUACAGGUGAGGGAACAGCAGUUGGAGAGCGGUGAUUGUUCUUACAGUCUGGGAGAUACAGUCACCUGGUAGGCAGUAAUUCUGUGAUGUCCUGGAUAGAGCAGGACCCUUCGUGUUACUAAACUGACCAUGUAUGUACAACCUUUAUUCUAUCACAGUUAUUCACUAAAGUGAGAAUCCAAAGUAAAUAACUCAUUUAGGGCCAAAGUAGCCGAAAUAAAAGUAUGGCUGACUUAGAGAAUGUUUCCGGUUCUGCUAUUUUGUUUUUGGUUCCCCUGAGGGAGAAAGAGUCUGCAUUAAUUGACCUGUGAUUGAAGAUUUUGGAUUGCCUGUCACUGAUGAGGUCUGCACAUAUUGUUCUGACAUGUCGUUACCAUUUUUCUAUAAUAAGGUCUGCACUUUUCAUGAUCUACCUGGUGGGUUAUUCUGAGAUCAUGAUGAGUGCGGACGGUUUAGCCAUUUUUAGUGAUUUCUUAAAUUGGAAACUCUCACUUUGAAUUCACUUUGAUUUCGCACUUUAGUUAAUAACCCUGUAUAUAUACAAUUUGGUAGCACAAGAUAUAGAUAGAUUUCUCACCGUUUCGCACAAUGCUACGUACAGACAGACAGGUAAACUUUAAAUCCAAUAAUUUAAAAUGAAACAGAAUCAUUUAUUAAGGAUGAUAUAGAUACCUGAAUUAAUAAUAGAAAAUGUGCACAUUUGUCACUCCUUAAAAUGAAUUGGUAACUUUUUAUAAAGGAUCUGUCACCAAGGUCGAGCGGGUCGUUCAGACAGUGUAAGGUGACCAUGCAGUCUGUAUAGAGUGUUGUUAUAUAUGUCAGGUCUCUAGGUAGGGGUUGAUCAAUCAAUAUACAUGGACUGUGAGACUCAGAGUGAGGAAAAGGUCUGUGAGUCAGUCUGUCAGACUAGGAGAUCUCUUAUAUUUGUCAUUUUGGCAUUAGGUAUCUGCAUGUCUUUCACUUCUUUCAGACGUGGGUGAGAAUGGUGGACAGCUAGGAGCCGGGCAGAAGCAGCGGCUGGCUAUAGCUCGGGCCCUUGCACGGGAUCCACAGCUGCUGAUACUGGAUGAGGCAUCGAGCUGUCUGGAUGCAGAGACAGAGCAUGAGGUACCUGACUCUUCUCACUGUCCCACACAUUGGAAAAUAUAUCUUUAAUAUAUAUAUAUAUAUAUAAAAGAGAAGGUACACAGUGUACACACAAAUAAUACUCCUAAUUAAGAAAGUGUAUACAUAACGUAGAACAGAUGCACUAUACUUGUAACAUAGACAGUGACACCAAAUUUCCACUCGUCACCGUACUGAAAAUUUUGCCUUGGUGAAUAGAAACGCCCCCCACUAGCAGUGGCUAGUAACUUUUAAAGCCUGGCUAUUGAUGUAGGAUUAGAAAUAUUUAUCCUUUCCCUAAGAUAUGGACAAUGUUUCUGUAACGUAUAGAUAUUGUGACAUUGUAUCAAUAAGUAGAACGCUGUAACCCUAGCUCGGACAAAUUAAUUUAAUUCCAUUCUUUCAUCCUAUUUCUUUGUUUUAAUCCACAUAGAAGGGUUUACUAGUUAAUUAUAAGUUUACAAUUUGAAUGUACAUUUUGUGCACUAUUUUUCUCUAUAAUAGUUUGUCCCAUCUGGAUAUCCGUAUAUGGAAAUGUUAUUGCAGGCUGACGUCUCAAAUUAUAUUGGUGAACCAUUUGAAUAAUUUCCCCCAUAGAUAUUAUGGAAUUAAAUCUUUCUGUCAGUGCAAAGCGUGCCUUUCCUGAAAACGAGGUGGAUGGAGAACAACGAUUCACUGAUUGGUACUUUCAGUCCUGUUCGCUAAUUUUGUUUAUUUAGACAGAGUAGAUCUGCUUGCAAUGCUCUUUAAAUGUGUAGAAGCUUUAUUAAAAGGUUCAUAUUUCCUCUCAUGACUUCACAAUAGUAAACCUAUCUGAAAAAUAGAACAAUAAAACACUGUCAUAUCUGUUUUUGCUGUUUCCCAGAUCCAGAAGUCUCUGCAGGGGAUUGACGGUCUCUCUCUACUGAUCAUCGCUCACCGUCUGCGCACUGUACAGAAAGCAGAUCAGAUACUUGUCCUGGAGGGAGGGCGCCUGGUGGAGCACGGAACCCAUGGAGAGUUGGUAAAGACGGAGGAGGGGGUCUAUUACAAGCUGCUCCAUGGACAUUUAUUGCAGAAUGGGGAUUGAGGGAGGACGUGAGGUAUCUGUGUGAAUUCUAGAGCAAGAUUCAGUGAGGGCAUGUUUAGAGCAAGACUGUGCCUAUUUUGAGAAUGUAUGGCUGGAAAUAAAGAACUGUUAUAAGAGAUAACAAAAAUGUACAUUGUAAAAAAAAAAAAAAACAGGUCAGUGCAUAAGAAAAGGAGUUUAGACAAGUGAUUCUUCACCUCUUUGACAAACGGUCAGUAACUGUGCUAGACAUGGAUUCCAAUUCUGAUCGAGAUCACUGUAUUCCAUAAUCAGGAUGGUUUAGAAUUGCGAGUCCAUAAAUGUAACAUAUUCUACAAAUAAUGAAUGAAUUGCUUUGAGAUUAUUAUUGUAUUUCAGGUUUAAAGUUUUGUUUAAAUUAGUUUAGUGCCGCUUUGUUUCGGGGUUUGAGAAGGCAAGUUUGAUCGAUUAUUGUCAGCAUGGCUUACGGAAAAUGGUUAAUGCUUUCCUUUAUUGGAACUUGGAUUUCAUUUUUCAGUUUUUGUACAUAUGUUGUAAAUAGGUUAGAUUUGUAGUAAUAUAUUUGUACAAAUAAAGCUUUAAUGAAACUGAGUGUCUGGGUCAUUAAAAAUAUCGAUAAACGUAGCAUGACAGCACAAGUUAUAGUUAAUGUUUUAUAACGAUAAAGUAACUUAGUACAGAAAUAUUCUAGUAACACAGAUACAUGUUUAAGGCAGAAAGUGAAGUAGCUCCAAGCAGUUAGGACAUUUACCUACAGGACAAAAUCAGUUUGAAAC